AUGAUAACAACGUACAAGAUACUAAGGGAAUCUGACAAAGUAGAUAGAGAAGCAAAGUUUAGAGUAAAGAAUAUAGAGCUAGAGGACAUAAUUGGAUUCUGGACACACAGACUCCUCCCACGUAUCGUAAAGACCACAUUAACUUCACCUCUGACACCCGCUACACCUGAUGUGUUGGCGCUCCCCGACCAUACCCACGCCCUGCCACCAGCCACGCCCACAUGCAGGCAACCAUACCCACGCCCUGCUACCAGCCACGCCCACACGCAGGCAACCAUACCCACGCCCUGCUACCAGCCACGCCCACACGCAGGUAACCAUACACACGCCCUGCUACCAGCCACGCCCACACGCAGGCAACCAUACACACGCCCUGCUACCAGCCACGCCCACACGCAGGCAACCAUACACACGCCCUGCUUCCAGCCACGCCCACACGCAGGCAACCAUACCCACGCCCUGCCACCAGCCACGCCCACACGCAGGCAACCAUACCCACGCCCUGCCACCAGCCACGCCCACACGCAGGUAACCAUACACACGCCCUGCUACCAGCCACGCCCACACUUUCGUAUGUUUCUCAUCAACAUUUUUUCUCUUCAGUCACUCAUUCUAGCCUGCGCCACGAUGGUGUUGGGAUCAGUCCACCCACCGCCCUAUGGCCAACAACCUGCCUACAGCCAUACUGUCUACAAGAACUCCUACUGUGAUCCAACAGCCAUUCCCGCCUGUGCUGCCAACUCCACACUCACCUACUGCCUGAAGGAUGCUGAAUAUCCCGAGUAUGAUAUCAAGGGCGCCAUCAGUGCUGAUUUCCUCUUCGUCAAGAAGUACGCUGAUGUGGCAAGCCAGUCUGCUGAUGACUUGGUCGACAUGGUAACCAAAACUCAGGAAGAGGCUUUCUCCUACUCCUACUACACUGGUGCCUCCACUGGUAAAUCUCCCUACGAUGUCACCCACUGGGCCGGCCCUGAGGGCUACAUCUGCCCCUCUGACGUCGCCUACGCCAUGCCCAAGCGUGCCCAGAAUGUUGAGGGCAAGUGGCGUGUCAUUGUUAACAAUGUUCACUACUACACCCAGACGGCCCGCCUGGAAACUUGUCUCUUCCCCGAAGCUGCGUGCCGCGCCCUUGCUCCCUGCUACAAAAGUCACUGCACCCAGAAGUAUGUCUACCACCGCCUCCUCUCCUUCGACCCCUGCGAUGCCUACAAGGGUCUCUUCAUCGACAUCUAUAAGCUGCCAUCUGCCUGUUCCUGCCACAUCCCUGCCUAAGAGCAAAUCCAUCAC